AUGGCCGAAUACGAUCUGCUCCCCAAGCUGGUGGCUCACCUCGACCGCCACCUCAUCUUUCCCCUUUUGGAGUUCGCCAACAACCAGGUCGCCGAGGACGAUGACGCCAAGGCUCUCGAGUUCACCAAGGCCAAGUAUGAGCUGCUCAAGACGACCAACAUGACCGACUUCAUCGGUAGCCUGAAGGCUGAGCUGGACGGUCUGGACGAGGUGCCCGCAGAGUUCAACGACAAGCGCCAAAAGGUUCUGUCGCGCCUGGAGCAGUUCGAGGACGAGACGAGCAAGAUUACAGAUCUGUUGGGCAACGAGGAGGUCGUCAACAACCUGCGUAGCGACAAGGUUGCCAACUUGGAUUUCUUGAAGAAGGAGCACGGCGUCACGGUGGACAACGUGAACGCUCUCUACGAUUUUGGUAACUUCCAGUACAGCUGCGGCAACUACGCCGCUGCAUCAGAGCUUCUAUACCAGUUCCGUGUGCUCUCCACCGAUAACGACAAGGUGGCUGCCGCGACAUGGGGAAAGCUCGCCUCCGAGAUUCUCACCACCAACUGGAAGGAGGCCGUGGAGGAGCUGCUCAAGGUCAAGGAGACCAUUGACGGCAAGCUGUUCAACAACCCCCUGGCACAGCUCAACAACCGAUCAUGGCUCAUUCACUGGGCUCUGUUCCCCCUCUUCAACGACGACUCGACCCGAGACCAGAUUCUCGACCUUUUCUUUAGCCCGCCUUUUAUCAACAGCAUCCAGACUAGCUGCCCUUGGAUCCUAAGAUACCUGACCGCCACCGUCAUCACCGGCCGCGGCCGCACGAGAAACUCUGGCCAGUACCAGAAGCAGCUCAAGGACAUUAUCCGCAUUGUCAAGCAGGAGGCUUACGAGUACUCGGACCCCAUUACCGACUUUGUCCGCGCCCUCUACAUUGACUUUGACUUUGAGGAGGCUCAACGCCAGCUUUCACUUGCCGAGGAGAUUCUGAAGACCGACUUCUUCCUCAUUUCUACUGCUGACCUUUUUGUUGAUGCUGCCCGUCAUCUUAUCUCUGAGAGCUACUGCAAGAUCCACGCCCGUAUCGACAUUAAGGAUCUGAGCGCGCGUCUAGGUCUUGGCCAGGAUGAGGGAGAGAAGUGGAUUGUCAACCUGAUCCGCGACACCAGAGUGGAUGCCAAGAUUGAUUACAAGGAGGGUACAGUAGUCAUGAACCACCCGCCCAGCAGCGUGUACCAGCAGGUGAUUGAACGGACCAAGGGUGCCUUUUUCAGAACCCAGGUUCUGAGUGCAGCCGUUGCCCGAUAG